AUGGCUCCAGGGAGGCCCGGACGCCGUCGUCAGACGCUCAGCCAAGGUAUCGAUAAAGAAGUAUAUCAAGCAGUUCGGAAAAUCAUCGAUGAGCGGAACCAAUACGGCGACAACGAGACGUCACAACGUCUAACAUUCAGCAUUGUAUACGACCAGAUCAAGCUUUCCAACUCGUCUCUCAACCGCAAACCAAAGAAAGUCAUCGAGGACAGUAUUGAGCGAGUCUUGGACACGAUACAGCAGGACGCCGAAUCGUCCGACUCAGAAGGCGUCUUCGUAGAAGAACAGUCCACGCCGAAACCUGCAUCGUCAGCUCUUAACAAGAGCAUUGUCGGUCGGUGGGCAAAGUCUGGAAGUUCGACACCCAGGGGCCCGCAUCCUGGAAACCCAGACCACGAGGAGGGACCUCCGGAGAAAACGAACACCACCACGACUAACACCACGAACACAACGAUGGCGGAACCAGAGCCCUCCACCAAAUCAAAGCGUCUCACCAAUGGCGAGCCGCUACAGAAGAAGCGCAAGGCAAUCGCAUCGUCCAGCACCGCGAUCGACAAAUCCCCUCCAAACCACGUCUCGCUCGCCGACAUGGGCGGGAUAGACAACGUGAUCCAGCAAUUCGAAGACCUCCUCGUGAUCCCGAUGACUCGACCGGAGAUCUACACGUCGUCGAAAGUCCAACCGCCACGGGGCGUGCUCAUCCACGGGCCACCGGGAUGCGGCAAGACGAUGGUGGCGAACGCCUUCGCCGCCGAACUCGGCGUGAACUUCAUCUCCAUCUCCGCGCCGAGCAUCGUGUCCGGCAUGUCCGGGGAGUCUGAAAAGGCGCUGCGAGACCACUUCGACGAAGCCAAGAAGGCUGCGCCGUGCCUGAUCUUCAUCGACGAGAUCGACGCCAUCACGCCGAAGCGCGAGUCGGCGCAGCGCGAGAUGGAGAAGAGAAUCGUCGCGCAGCUGCUCAUCUGCAUGGAUGAUCUGGCGCUGGAGAAGACGGACGGGAAGCCGGUCAUUGUGCUGGCUGCGACGAAUCGGCCGGACAGUUUGGAUCCGGCGCUGAGGAGAGGCGGCCGGUUUGACAAGGAAAUCAACAUGACGGUGCCGAAUGAGAUGGUGAGGGAGCAGAUCCUACGUGCACUGACGCGGGAAUCCAAUGUUGCGGCCGAUGUCGACCUCGCGCUUCUUGCAAGACGUACACCGGGCUUCGUCGGGGCCGAUCUCAGCGAUCUGGUCUCGACAGCAAGUACCGCGGCCAUCAAGCGCUAUGUGGACAUGCUCAAGGCCAAUUCCGAGCUCACAUCGAUGGAUGUGGACGACAUAGAUCCAACGACAGCGGUGACGAGCUCGAGUACUCAAAUUUCUCCAGUGGUGACGUCUCUGCGGCGCCUCAUCAAAUAUGCUAGGUCGACCACCUACGAUCCCAAUGAAACGGCCAUGUUUUCCAUCACCGCGGACGACUUCCUCACUGCCUUGCCGCAAAUCCAGCCCUCAUCUCUCCGUGAAGGCUUUGCCACUAUUCCCACCACUACGUUCGCGUCGAUCGGGGCUCUGGAUAGCCAUAUCAGUGACUUGACCGCGACCAUCAUCUCCCCAAUCCUAAAUCCUACUCUCUACUCAAAUAUCGGCAUGACACCCUCGUCUGGUGCCCUUCUUUGGGGGCCGCCAGGGUGUGGUAAAACUCUACUGGCGAAGGCGUGCGCGAAUUCCAGCCACGCUAAUUUCAUAUCAGUUAAAGGGCCCGAAUUACUGAACAAAUAUGUGGGCGAAUCCGAGCGGGCAGUGCGGCAAGUCUUCAAUCGCGCGCGACACAGCGUGCCAGUAUUGAUAUUCUUUGAUGAGCUUGACGCUUUGGUACCGAGGAGAGAUGGUAUGGUGUCUGAAUCGAGUGCACGGGUUGUGAACACGCUACUCACCGAGCUUGAUGGGGUAGGAAAUAGUCGCGAGGGCAUAUAUGUGAUCGCCGCCACCAAUCGACCAGACAUAAUUGAUCCAGCUAUGCGCCGACCUGGUCGCCUUGACACUCUACUCUAUGUUGGGCUUCCUGACGCGGAGGGACGGGUCGAUAUCUUACGAACGCUUACAAAGAAAUUGAAAAACUUUGAGUUUGAUGAGCCUAUGGCUGCUAUCGCUAGAGACUGCGAAGGGUUCAGUGGUGCAGACCUAGAAGAGUUGCUGCGAAGGGCCGGAUAUGCUGCUGUAAGCCGUUGUAGCAGGGCUCCAAUGCAAAAACUACCCUUCGUAACGACGGCGGACUUUUUGGUGGCACGAGCCGAAGUGCAUCCAAGUGUCAGUUCGCAGGAGAUGAUUCGAUAUGAGAAGCUCCGCAAGGAAUGGGGGAGAGGUUGA